AUGUCUUCCGAUAGCACAACGCUCCCCCAUCUUCGAGCAAUCGACGGUGGGAAGGAACUGAUUGUCGAUGGAAAGCCUUUUCUUAUCCUUGGAGGCGAGCUUCAGAACUCUUCUCUCACUUCUGCCGAGUAUAUGGAUACGGCAUGGCAGAAACUAGUCGACACCCACUACAACACUGUGCUUGGGUGCGUUACCUGGGAGAUGAUCGAGCCUGUUGAAGGGGAAUUCUCAUUUGAAGAGCUUGACAAAGUCAUUCUGGGGGCACGAAAGAACGGCCUUUGCCUCAUCUUACUGUGGUUCGGUUCAUUCAAGAACGGCAUUUCAACCUACGUCCCUACGUGGGUCAAAACAAAUGCUAAGCGGUUCCCUCGUGCGAAACUGAGAAAGGCCCGCGGUGUCCUUGAAACUGGCGACGUGCUCUCGAUUUUUCAUGAUGAAGCUCCUAAAGCCGACGCUAAGGCUUUUACUCAGUUAAUGCGGCACUUGAAGGAAUUUGAUGGGAACCAGUCCACGGUCAUAAUGGUGCAGGUAGAGAAUGAAACCGGACUGCUGGGCGACUCACGCGACGCCAGUGCAGCAGCUGAAGAGCGCUUCUCCCAGCCUGUGCCGCAAGAUUUGAUAUCCUACUUGGAGGAUGGUUGGAACAACCUACAUGUCGACUUGCGAGGGAACUUGAGCCACUUCAAAGCACAAUCCUGGCCCAAAGGCUCGUGGGUCGAAGUCUUCGGCAAAGGUCCACGCACCGACGAGCUCUUCAUGGCCUACCACUACGCCCAGUACCUGAACCAAGUAGCCGCGGCGGGGAAAGCCGAGUAUCCUAUCCCGCUAUAUACGAACGUCUGGCAGAACUACGUCGGCGAAGACGGCGACAACGACUUCCCUAUCAUUGCCGGCGGCGGCGGCCUUCCAGGCGACUACCCCUCAGGCGGUGGUACCAGCACCGUCCUCGACAUCUGGCAAAAGUUCGCGCCGUCCCUGGACUUCAUCGCCCCAGACGUCUACCUGAACGAUUAUUCAAUCUCCUGCGCCAAGUACCGCCACCGCAAUCAGCCCCUGUUUAUCCCCGAACAACGCCGCGAUGAGUACGGCGCCCGCCGUAUAUGGGCUGCCUACGGCACCUACCAAGCCCUCGGCGUAUCGCCCUUUGGCAUCGACACCCAAGAGCCAGCCACCAACCCUUUCACCAAGCACUACGCGCUUCUCUCCUCCGUUUCCCAGAUUGUCCUCGCAGCCCACCGCACCCCCGGCUCCUCAGUCGGCUUCUACUUCGACGACCUCCGUCCCGACGGAUCCGACUCCUCCAAACCCAUCGUACGCCACUUCGCCUCCUACGAAAUAACAAUCGAGCGCUGCUUCGUCUUCGGCAAGCCCUCCGCGGGCUCAGGAAUGAUCAUCCACCUCGGCGGCGCCAAGUUCCUCCUGAUAGGCUGGGGCUUCCAGGUGCGCGCGAAAUCGCUCUCGCCGACGUCCGCGUUUACGGGGAUCCUGCGCUUCGAGGAGAAAAUCGUGUCGAGCCCCGAAACGGGCGAGUUGAAGACGGGCAGAGUGCUUAAUGGCGAUGAGACGAGGAGUGGGCUGUACGCGAUGAUGCCGAGCGAAGACCCGGACUACGGCGGCUUUCCGAUUUGCGUUACCAUUCCGGCGAGGACGGGGAUUGCGGAGGUGGAGUUUUAUGAGUUGGAUGAGGCGGAUGUUUAG